CUGGUAUCAGUUCAACAAAAGCCGUCAGCGGAGGAAGACGCACGGAGGGGCUGAAUCCUUAACAGGCUUUAAAAAUGGCAAUUUUCACCGUUUUGUGCUCGGUAGUUCUGCUCGGUGCUGCUCUACCUGCCUGGAGUGAUGUCCUCAUUGGAGAAAAACACUCCCUAUACUACAUAUACACAGCUUUAUCCAAACCUGUCAAUCAGCCGGGCAUCUAUCAGUUCACUGCUAUGGGUCUGCUUGAUGACAGACAGAUUGACUAUUACAAUAGUGAUGGCCAGAGAAAGAUUCCCAAACAGCAGUGGAUGAAAGAGAAAAUGCAGGAGGAUUACUGGGAAAAAGGCACCCAGUCAAGAAAGAGCAAAGAGCAGUGGUUUAAUGUGAACGUCGACAUUCUGAUGAAACGUAUGAGACACAAUGAGACAGAUGUUCAUGUUCUUCAGUGGAGACAUGGUUGUGAAAUUCAGAAACAGGGAAGUGAAGUGAAGUUUUCCAAAGGCAUUGAUGAGUACAGCUACGAUGGAGAGAACUUCCUAUCUUUUGAUGAUAAGGAGUCUCAGUGGGUCGCUCCUGUUGAUGCAGCUGUUCCAACCAAGAAGAAAUGGGAUAAUGUGCCCAUCCUAAACCAGUACUCCAAGGGCUACCUGGAGAAAGAGUGUGUGGACUGGCUUAAUAAAUUUAGAGACUAUGGAGAUGAGGAGCUCAGAAAGGGCUCUCCUCCAGAAGUUCAUGUGUUUGCAAAAAAGUGUACCAGUGACAAAAGCAAGCUGAAACUCACCUGUCUGGCCACUGGCUUCUACCCCAAAGAUGUGAUAUUGACCAUAAGGAAAUAUCGCACACCCCUGCCUGAAGAUGAGAUUGAAUCCUCAGGAGUCAGACCAAACCAUGAUGAAACCUUCCAGCUGAGGAAGAGUGUGGUUAUCAAGGAGGAUGAAAAAGCAGAAUUUGAUUGUUUUGUGUUUCACAGUACCCUCAAAGAACCAAUUAUCAUUAAAUGGGAUGGAAAAUGCCAGGACUGCCCACCAGAGACUAUUGCAGGUAUGAUUGGAGCAAUUAUUGGAGCAGUGAUUGUGCUGGCAGUCAUUGUAGUAGUGGUUUUCGUCUUAAAGAAGAAAAAGAUUAUUGCUUUCAACAGCAGGAAUGGCCAGAAACGUAGCAGUGAUGAAGAGAAUGUUUCUCUGCAAGCAGAACCAGCGAAUGCUAGUAAUAGAUCAGACAGCAAUUCGAGCUCAUCUCAGGUGGAUGGAACCCCUUCUGAUGACGGACUCAAUACAGUAACAGCAGGAAGGGAGCACAGUGCUGACUCUGACUCUGACUCUGGUGAAUAUGCCACUCAUGCUUUUUCCCCCGAGGUGGCGGUGUCUGUUCACAAAUCUCCCGAAGUGGCAGUAUCCGCUCACACUUCCUCCAAUGCGGCAGUGCUCGCCUCUGGGGUUCCCGAAGCGGCGGAGCCCACCAUUGCCCGUUCCAAGAUGGCAGCUCCACACACACCGCUGUGGUGGCCGCUGGUUCUGCCCUGGGUCCCCAUCCCACCAGCUCUACCUCAGUCCCCAGGUCCCCCUCAGGCACAUGGACCUGAUCCCCCCAUCCCUCCCCCAACUCCGCUCCUGCUCUGCCAUCCCCCUGGUUGGGCGCUCAGGAAUGUCUCAGGAAAGUUCCUUAGAGGAGGGGUCCUUAAAAGCUUUCCAAUCAUGGGCACGUCUGACGCGACCAAGAUUUUUGCUCUGCUUUGUGUUUUUCUUCUCGGUGGGACUUCGCCCUUACUUCAGACAGAGAAACACUCCCUGUAUUACAUUUACACGGCCUUGUCCAAACCUGUCAAUCAGCCGGGCAUCUAUCAGUUCACUGCUAUGGGUCUGCUGGAUGACAGACAGAUUGACUAUUACAAUAGUGAUGGACAGAGAAAGAUUCCCAAACAGCAGUGGAUGAAAGAGAAAAUGCAGGAGGAUUACUGGGAAAAAGGCACCCAGUCAAGAAAGAGCAAAGAGCAGUGGUUUAAUGUGAACGUCGACAUUCUGAUGAAACGUAUGAGACACAAUGAGACAGAUGUUCAUGUUCUUCAGUGGAGACAUGGUUGUGAAAUUCAGAAACAGGGAAGUGAAGUGAAGUUUUCCAAAGGCAUUGAUGAGUACAGCUACGAUGGAGAGAACUUCCUAUCUUUUGAUGAUAAGGAGUCUCAGUGGGUCGCUCCUGUUGAUGCAGCUGUUCCAACCAAGAAGAAAUGGGAUAAUGUGCCCAUCCUAAACCAGUACACCAAGGGCUACCUGGAGAAAGAGUGUGUGGACUGGCUUAAUAAAUUUAGAGACUAUGGAGAUGAGGAGCUCAGAAAGGGCUCUCCUCCAGAAGUUCAUGUGUUUGCAAAAAGGUCUACUAAGGACAAAAGCAAGCUGAAACUCACCUGUCUGGCCACUGGCUUCUACCCCAAAGACGUGAUGUUGACCAUAAGGAAAUAUCGCACACCCCUGCCUGAAGAUGAGAUUGAAUCCUCAGGAGUCAGACCAAACCAAAAUGAAACCUUCCAGCUGAGGAAGAGUGUGGUUAUCAAGGAGGAUGAAAAAGCAGAAUAUGAUUGUUUUGUGUUUCACAAAACCCUCAAAGGACCAAUUAUCAUCACAUGGGAUGGGAUAUGCACAGACUGCAACAAAGGCUCUACCUCUAUUCCGACUGGACCUGUGAUUGGAACUAUAGUUAUAAUAGCUAUAAUAGUUCUUGUUGCAGCACUCCGUUUUUACCAUUAUAAGACUAAAAGACUCGUUAUCCCAUGGAGUAAUACCAAUGGAGCAGCACAAAGGAAUCAUGCUAAUGGAGUAACUCAAAAUCUUCUCCCAGGUGUGAAUGCUAUGGACAUGCACAAACAGCAGCCAAUGGAGGAAGCAGUGGAAUGGAAGCCAUCGUCGAACUGUAAAAUAGCUUAUGAAGCAGGAAAAGUAGUGACUGAAGAUGGAGACGGCCUUUCUGAUUUUUUUCUUACUUUCAUCAUAUCUACCAUGUGCUUUGCUUUCCUGAAUUCUUCAAGUGUGUAAGAUCUGGUCAGAGUCAGACAUGGGUAACUUAAACAGAGCAGGGUUCGUACAAGAUGCUUAAAGUGCUUGAAUUUGACUUUUUGAAAUUUAAGUCCUGGAAAACAGACAUUUUUGAGAAGGUACUUGAAAAAUACUUGAAUUUAUAAAAGGGCAGUAUAUAUAAAAAAUAGUGUUACUUUUUUCCUCGAUAAAACAAUAUUUUUAUGCAAAAUUAACGAUGCAGCGCAUCUGAUAUAAAUACAAAGCCAUUUCGCCGGGCUUUUAGCAGCACACGAGAUCUCGCGAUAUUACUCCUUGAGGUGAAAAGCGGUCUCGCGAUAUUAGUAUAAAGUUGUGUUUGCGGUAAAACUUUUGAUAGUGCUUGUAUUAUAUUGUUCGGUCUUUUAUUGCAUGUGCUGUUCGUUUGGGUUUUAUUUGGGAACGCAUAUAAAGUCUGACGCGUUUUGUGUUGCACUGUUAUCGUUUACAAGCGUGGAGCUCAUCUCCAUCUCAGCUGCUCGGGACACAAACUCUUCCUCUGCAUAUUAUACUGUGAGUUUGGGUUGCUUAACGUUCAUCUGGGAAAACAGUGCAUGUUAUCUCACUAGAUUUGUAACGUUAAUCAUUUAUAAACCCAUGCCAAAACAGGAGACUACAUCAACAUAUUUCUAAAUAUGCGAUUUGUUGUACAUCGCGAUUUCAAAAUAAAGUUC